AUGAGAAACGUUGAAGGGCCGUCAGGUGAAGGCGGAACAAGGGAACGUCCAAUUUUAAUUGAAGAAUCUCCACUGAAGAAAGCUGCAUCAAACGACGGAAGGCAUGCACUUCCUGCCAUACUACGAUGUAAGAAGAAACUGAUUGUCCACAAGUCAACAAAUUACGGUGUAAGCAAUCCUAUUCCUGUUUCACCGCCAUUGAAACCAUUAAAAGUGGAGAUGCGAGAUUCCAAUUCGUCCAGCAGCUCAUCCGAUGAGGAGGGUACAGAAUCUAGUGAAGAAGAUUUGUCUAUUCUUCCCGAAUUCCAUCAUGAUGACGAACAAAUUCCGGUUUUUGGGAAGCCAAAAAAGGCAUACUAUGCAUCCGAUAUCCUACGCAUUUUGUCCACCCACCACCCAAACAAUGUAAAGUGUACACAACAGCCCAUGCGAGUUCAAUACAACGGAUCAUUUUUAUUAGAUGUGACUUUUAUACCAAUAAUAAUAAUAAUAAUAAUAAUAAUAAUAACAGUCUUUAUUCAUACUCAAGAACACCCGUCUGUGAGUUUACAUUAUAAAAAUAUAUAA